AUGAUCGCCGCUAAGUUACUAAUUUUUUUGACCUUAACCGUCGCGAUUUCAAUUUCGCGGAGAAUACGGCUUUCUUCAACCGCAGAUGACUUCAAAUGGAUAGCUAAGGCGGAAUUGCAAAAGUACUUGACGAAAAUUGAGUCAUUCGGUAUUCACUGGAAACUGGAAGACUUUGGAUCACUGAUGAUAAGAGAUAAUACUCUAGAUAUUUUGGGAACUGAGAGAGUGUAUCAUUUUACAGUAACCAUUGAAGCUAUUAAACCUCUUACUUAUGACAAGGGGUAUGAAGUCGAAGGACUUUGGUGUUUCAUUGAUUUGCAUACCAAACAUCUACCUGCUGAUAUUAGGUGCAAAAUUUAUCAUACUGAUGGAGUGUGGAACGAUAUUAUGGCAAGGCAAAUUUAA